UUUAUAACUCAACCCUUGUGGUUCCACCAAGUGGUUUGAUGGACGGAGUGCGUUUGGUUUUCAUUAAAUCGUCUCGCCGCUGACCCCCUGCCCCAUCUGGAGUAAUGUGAAACCAGCCCUCUGGCAGACGCGCUGUGCGGAAGAGUGUCGGCUGCGCACACAGUCUGCGCCGCUCCGCGCUGCACCAGCUCCCAGAGGAACACCGCAGACCAACGUGCGAUGGGCAGCUACCGGGCAUAGAUGGUAAACCUGUGCGGCCGUCGGUGAGGGAUUUAUGUGCUCUUCCUGGAGGUGUGAUAUCGCAGCCAUGGUUUGCUGUCAGACUCCCAAAAGUUCGCAGAGACGCGCCUGCGGCUGCGCUCCCGUCCUGGCUGCGGCGCUGCUCAGCCUCCUGCUGUGCGCCGGGAUGCCGCCGGCGGCUUCCUCCUGGAGCUCAGAGGAAGAAGCUUACACCACCACCCUGAUCAUCGGGAUCCGCAAAGACGCCCGCUCACAAAUGCUUCACCUCUCCAGGAACAAGCGCUACACCCUGACCCCCGAGCAGCUCAAGUGGGACAAGCUGAAGUUAACCUACAAGUUGCUCUCCUUCCCCACAAACCUCAUCAAUGCCAGCGACACGCGCCGAGGCAUUGCCAAGGCUUUUGGCAUGUGGAGCGACGUCUCGCCGUUCAGCUUCAGAGAGGUGCCAGCGGACCAGGAGGCAGACAUUAAGAUCGGUUUCUACCCCAUCAACCACACAGACUGCCUGCAGUCCCACUUGCACCACUGUUUCGAUGGCAUCACAGGAGAGUUGGCCCACGCCUUCUUCCCACCAACAGGCGAGAUCCACUUUGAUGACCAUGAAUACUGGAUUCUGGGAAAUAUGCGCUUUAGCUGGAAGAAAGGCGUUUGGCUGACUGACCUCGUCCAUGUGGCAACUCAUGAAAUUGGCCACGCCCUGGGCCUUAUGCACUCCAUGGACCCUAAUGCUAUCAUGCACCUGAAUGCAACGCUGACAGGGCGCAAACGAAUCACACAGGAUGAGGUGUGGGGUUUGCAUCGUCUCUAUGGAUGUUUGGACCGGUUGUUUAUCUGUCCAGCCUGGGCUCGCAGAGGUUACUGUGACAGCAAGCGCGGCCUGAUGCAGAAGCACUGCCCCUCCAGCUGUGACUUCUGCUACGAAUUUCCUUUCCCCACUGUGGCACCGACCUCAGCUCCCCCAAGGACCAAACACAAGCUGGUUGCUGAGGGCAAGAACCUUACGUUUCGCUGCGGGAAGAAAAUUGCAUCUAAGAAAGGCAAAGUGUCCUGGUACAAAGACGGGGAGCUGCUGGAAUUCUCUCAGCCCAACUACAUCACCCUGAAAGACGACCACAUUACAAUAGUAGCCAACGCCAUCAACGAAGGCACAUACACCUGCAUCGUGAAGAAGAAAAACAAAGUUCUCACUAACUACUCCUGGAGGGUACGCGUGCGUUUCUGAGCACCACGCCAGCAAACCACUGCACGUUGUUCAUACACGAGGAGAACUCAUUCACUAGGGCACAUAUUUCUGAGGAAUGUUCACCCUUUCUGUUCUCUUUUUAACUUUUCAACAUUCUGUCUGUGGUCAAUUGUCACUGUAUCGAAUGAUUUUCAUAUGUGCAAAAAUAAAUGUUCUGUGACGAGUCGUG